AUGGUCCAAAUGCUGAGAAGAUUUCGAAAGGAAGAGUUGUGGAACCGCCUCCAAAGUCACGGAGGUCAAGAAGCCGUAGUCCUAGAAGGAGAAGUCGCAGUCCCCGUAGGAGGUCCCGAGAUGAUUAUAGGGAAGGAAAGAGACUACAGGAAGAGGAGCAGGCGCUGCAGCCGCAGCCCUAGAAGUGCCUCCCCACCAAAAGCCUCUCAUGAAAUGCGAAGAAGCAAAGAGAGGUCUCUGACUCCUCUUCCCCGUAGCCGUAGCCCAAGAAGCCCUUCUCUUGAAAAGGCCUCUCCUGAAAGGAAGAGAAAUGAUAGGUUCCCAUCUCCUCGCGACAAAGCUCGUAGUCAAUCUCCUUAUGCUGAUGUGGGUAACAGUACACUUUAUACAAAAAACCACCAAUGGAAGUUGAUUUCUGAAUUGUGUUCGGUUAUAUCACUUGCAGGAAUGACUGCAUACUUAAGAAGAAGACAUGGUGUAUCAAAACAUGUUUGCUUGUGUUGAUGAUGUUUUAUCUCCAAGCUUGGGAACUUCUAUCUUCUGUAGUAUGCUUGCUUUCUGUAGGUGACUUAAGCUACUACCUUGUGUUUGUUUCCUGCGAUCGUUCCUUAUCCAAGUUCAUUCGAGUUUCCCUGAUUCAUUCCUCAGCAAAGGCUUCAGAAAAGUGAAUCUCUAUUCAAUCCAAAGACUAAAUCACAAAGAACUCACUUAUAACAUAGUUUUGAUUAAUAUUUUUUUUUUUUAUCUUGUGAGAGUAUAUGAUUACAGAAAAAUGUCACACAAACUCGGGUUGCAAAGAAUAUUACAAGUGGA